ACGAUCCUGUCGAAAAAUAAUGUGGGAGCUACAAAUUUAAGUAGAGCUCUGCAUAAAUUGGAAAAGCUUAUACAAGGCAAAGAGUUGAAUGAAAAUGAAUUGUCUCAAAUGCUGCGCAAAGUACAGAUUAUAUCAAAAAGAAUAAAUAAAAGUAAAAAAGAGGAUAGAAUUUUAGAAAGAGAUGUCAUUAUGUUUAUAGCAAAAUAUGGCCGAACGAUGGAAAAUGUAACACCUAAUUAUUAUGAAUUUGCUGAAAAUUUAGAAAAUACCUUGGUUUUAGAAGUCGAUGACGUACUAAAAUUAAAAUUGCGACGAGUCUUAACUGCGGCUAUUGAAUAUGAAGAUAAGGAUGCUCUCAACAUGCUCAUAAAUGUAAUAAAUGCUAAACUGGCAAUAAAAAAUGACUCGACUCUACAAAAAGCAGUUCUGUCCAUGAUAGUGGCGCUGUCGCGUUGUGACGUCACGUUGGACGUCGCGACCCACUGCUGGGUUCAUGAAGACGUUGUGGUGGAACUUAUGCAGUGUAUAAUAACAGAGAAAUCUACGAAAUCCCGAAAUAUUCUACUCAGUAUCUUAGAAAAGAUGCUCAAUAAAGAUGAAGGCGAUUUACUUGAGAAGGUUCUGGAAAAUUUGCUAUUUGAAGAACAUCAUAACUCUAUCGACCAAGCAAUUUUGGAAGUUUUAGAACUUGUUAUAAAAUUAUUGGAAACCGAUAACUUACUCUCACAAAAGUUUCUUCCUCGCAUAAUCAUAAGAGUGUUGAAAAUUAAAAAAUAUAAUGUCAACGUUUUCAAAAUGGCCGCAGACAUGUUCACAGAUAAAAUAGAAUUAUUUGAUGGCAACACUGUCGAUAGUAUUGUUGAUAAUAUACUUAACGAAUUGAGUUCAAUGAGAAACAAUGACAUAAUAUUCAAUAUUAAAAUGGCAAUGGGAAGAAUUUUUGUGCGAUAUGACGAAGAUUAUAGCAAAGAUGGCGUUAUAUUUGAUUUUGUUUCUGCAUUCGCUGAAAACUUACUAAAUUAUACCAGUCAGGGGACGUACAGUCUUUUAUUGCAGGUAAUAAAAAAUCUAACUCCACAACAAAUGUCAUCCAACAAACUGUCAGUCUGUUUGUCAGUAUUGAAAUCGUACGACGAAACAAUAUAUACAAAUCUCAUGUUGGAAGUCACAAAUAAUUUUAUAAAAAAAUAUCCCAUGGAAGAAAUAACUGAGAGUAUCCAAAAAUAUUUAUUCAAAUCAAAUCACGAAAUUUUAGUGUCAGAUUUAGUGAAAUUUGAUUUUGAUGAAUCGAUUUUGAUGGAGCUCACUCGUAUGAAGGGAUGGGUCAGAUGGAUUUUAGGAUUGCACGAAACGGGUUUUAUUGAGAGAAAUAUGAAAAACAAAAUGGAGUAUUUGAUGGAUUUAGUCGAUCUGUCUUUACGUUUAUUUACACAGGAUGAUCUUAAAGACCUAAUAUCGAAAAAUGAAACAAAUGAAUGUAUAAACUUUUUUCGCACAUUCAUGAGAGUUUCUUAUAAAUAUUUCAUUAGAAAACCGUAUAUAUUUCUAAUAUCUGGCCUGGAACAUAGCAGUGUGCUAUUGAUAGAUAUAGUGAGAGCCGCACUAAGAGAUAAUAAGACCGAAGAGGCCUUAGAGUUAGCUGAAAUGUUAUGGCCGACAUUUUGUAAUGUGAGCACGUGGGAACAAAAGCUACAUCUCUUGACGUCUUUGCCAGUUUUGCCAGCCAAUAUGGAGGAGUGGGUUUGGGAAAAAAUUAAUGAAAAUAAUUUGAAUAUAACAAAUAAAAUAGAAAUUGUCAUGGCGACGAGUAAUAAAAUUGGUUCAAUAUACACAAAGUUAUGUCCCCAUUUACCAUCUCGUCUAAGCGAGCUGUCUGGAACAUCAGCCACUUGUUUUAGAGUUUUAUUGGAUAUUUUGUCAAGGAAGAACUUCGAGUUAGUGGAUUUAGUUGCUGGAAUUGCUUCGAAUGACGAUACAAAAGGAUGGUGGGAUGACGCCAUGCAGAUGUGUAUGAGUGGGAUAGCGGGGGAGGGAGAUGUAGAAGGAGUUAACAUUCUGUCUCGAGUAUAUUCCAGCUGCUUGCAAACUCGUGGACACUCUACUUCUCGACUCUUAUUGCCUUUGUUACGAUACUCAAAGCCGGCUGAUUGUGAGACUUUCUUCUCUAAAAUAUUAGAAGAUCUUCUUUCCACACUCAAAUUUGUGCCUCGAGCGAGCACAUUACAUUAUACUCAUGAAAAAUGCAUACAAGACUACGUGAGGGCGCUCAAUAUUAUUGAAGUUAUAUUUGAAAAGGUACCAAAAAAAAAUAUAGACUCGACUAAUUCGGUUCUAUAUAGUAACACUGCGGGUGCGACCACGCCUUUCUACCUCGUAAAGAUUGUUUGCAAAUUGUGUGUCACUUUGUGCAGUCAUGUGGAUGGUAGUUACAGGUUGUUCCAUCGUGCAAAUUACAAUUGUCUGGUGGCAGCCUUUUGUCUCCGAGACCCAAGUCCUGAGAAGUACAGGAUAUUGUUUGAUACAAAAUUCUGGGGGAAGUUGAUUGAUGAGGAGGAACUCCAGCUUCCUAUAAGAGAGCAAUGGAACUACCGUACGACCCGCCACGCCGCGCCCCACCUCGCCACAGACGUGUCUCUGCGCACCGCCAGCGUGAAAACACGCAUGUUCACUCGCACGCUGUCCGAAAACCCGUUCCAAUACGAUCUGACUCAUGAAGAUACAGAAGUGACUCAACCUCAAGAAAUACAGCUAAAAGAUAGUCCUCUCAACCGACACCAAUGUAUGGCGGCCUUCAAAGCUCUAUUGAAUAAGGAAAAUGCAAUACAAGACGAACAGUGCAGGAAGAAUCUAGAAAACACCCUGAAAAGUGAUGAAACUCCUGCAAAUGUCAAAUGGCUUUUGGCACAGGCAAUAUGCAACAGUAAGGACGAACUGAAAGCACACGCUAGUGGGUUUCAGCCGGCGUUGCUCGCUGUCAUAAUAAAAACAGUAAAGAACAACAAAUUAAAUGACCUACAUGUUGAUAUUCUAGAUUGCUUUAUUUUAUGGAAAGAAAAAACAAACGAUAACAAUGAAGAAGUGAACAAAACCAUAGAGUAUGUAAUAAAUACAGCCAUAGACUAUAGAGCCAGGAAAAAUAUUUAUUACUCGCUAAUUGACAGAUUAGUGAAGUUAUUGGAUAUUUGGCAGAAUUCUAUAAUACCUUGGAGCAAUUUCGAAAAACAUUUUACAGAAAGAGAUCCGGACAUAUUAAAAAUAUGCUUGAACAUUUUAAAAACUAUCUCAAAAUCUAACAAAUAUGUACCAGAAUUACUACCAGCUUUGACCCGAGCGAUUGAAGAGAAUAACUUCUUCAUUGAAAUAUGCGAAUUGUUCGGAAUGGCAUUGAGUUUGGAGAAGAAUAAUAGAGUAUAUUUGGAACGUUUUAAGAAAGUGUUGGCAAAGUUACGAAGAGAAAACGUCACGGAGUAUAUAAAGUUGUUAUAUUACACGCAAAAAAGUUAUCCGAUGGUCUGUGAAAAGGAUAAUGUUAGAGUGAUCACAGACUUAGUACCGAAAUUGGCAAACGGUCGAGAGAAAUUGAAGUGUUUGCAAAUUUUGGACAGUUAUAUACGAAAUGCCAGAGGCAGUGAUGACGUCACGGUCAUAUUUGAUACUAUAUCUCUAAAGGAUCAUUUACAGACUGUCGAGGGCUUGUCUUUGGCUAAAAACGGAUUACAAUUUAUGGCAGAGCGGGACAGGGAGGCGGUAGUGACGGAAGUGAGAGUUUUGAUAGAAUCAUACACAAAACAAAUGUUAGCAAACGCGGCGGAUUUUCUCACAGAAGCUGUAAAACUACAACUCAAAUCAGACGGUGAGCCUCAAGCAAAAAGACCUGCACGAGAAUCAAACUCCAAACUACUCUGCAAUACAUCUAUACGUGAUAUAUUAAAAGUAUUGAGUGAACGGGGAGAAGUGAACGGAUUGAAUGAACUGUUGGAUGAGAAUUUAAAGAUCAGAUUUCACGAAAGCUUCUAUAUUGCGAUAGUAUUUUCAAAAUUGAAAUCAGAGACCAAUUUGUAUGAAAUGCUCAAAUUGUUUUUCCAAGGAAUAAAAGAUGUAGGUUCUGAUGAGAAUAAGGGAGUAGUAAAAGGAACAUCUUCAGCUGCAAAAGAAACUACAUUAGAACCAGAUUCAAGUCAAAUAACGAAAAGUAAAACAAUACAGUCACUUUUGAAGUUUUGUCAGAGAAACUUACAAGUAGCUGUGUCUAUAACGAUUGAAUUGUUAAAGACGUAUUCGGAUAGUCCAAGGUUCGAGUUUGUUGGAGACGAUAUUGUGAAUUUACUUCGUGACGCUACGCCUUGGUUGAUAGAAGUGUUGAGAGCGGCUGACAUAUGGGAAUCUGAUGGCCUUCAACAAGUAUUAGAAGAGUUAAUGCAGAAAUCAAAAGGCACUGAGGCUGAAGAUUUGACUAAGUUAUUAUAUGAAGAUUUUAAAUUGCACCGAUUUGGUUUAGAGCAGUUGGUUUUAGGAUUAAAUACGAUUAAAGAUCAAAAUAUGCCGCAAGUUUCUACACAGUUCUCGAUUGACGAUCUUAUAUUUGCAUUCGGCAAAUUAUCUAACUGGGAUGAUUUAACUAUACAACAGAAGAAAAAUAUUAAGAAUGAACUGCCUUGUCUGUGGACGACCACAGAUAAUUUCAAGAAAAGUGUUCUAAAUAUGGAUUAUGAAGCACCAAUGUGGUUUAACGCGAUGGUAUCGACAUACAAAAGCGACAGUUCAUUCACAACUCCACAGAAUGUUUACAAAUGGCCUAGAAAUUACUUUGAUGUAUCCGUUAUGGCGGAAAUCUCAACGUGGAACGAAUUAAGAGAGGCUGUUGAUACAAAAAAUAUAGUGUUCAACGAUAUUCAGCCUUCGGAUUGUAUGGCGCAGUGGGCCGCUAGGAUAAUGAUGAGAUCCCUCUAUUUACACUCGCUGUGCCAUCGCGACGAGUGGGCGAUCUCCCUGUCCCGCUCGCACGCGGUGGCGUGGUGCGCGCGCGCGAGCGAGACGGCACUACACGCCCAGCUGCUCAACUGCUGCAAGACUGUCACUGAUCUAUACGAAAACGAAUUGUUGCAAUGGUUUCGUUUUAAAUUGCUGGCCCUAAGAGCGAUUGGGUUAGAGCAAAAUAAUAGAGACAGUUUGGAGAAAGCUCUACAUCAAGCAGAUGAAUAUGUGCCACAGUUCCUAAAAAUGUCAACAGCUGAAGACGUAACAGGGAUACGUUUAGUUACUAUUCAACUAAGAAAUGAUUUGAAAGCCUUAGAAAAGAAGCACAUAGAAGAUGUCCUAGAAGAGAUAGAAAGUUUAAACAAAAACAAAAGUGAAAUGUCAACAAAUUAUAAAAAAGAUUUGGAAACGUUAUGCAUUUUGGGCAUGACCUUCUUCGACCAAUAUGAGAGUCAACAGCAGCUAGAAAAUAAGCGGAGAGAUUGUGAAAACGAAAUAUUUGUUCAAAUGGCAAAAAUUCUUUCUUUCUACGUGCAAAUGGAUUUGGGUGACAAAAACAACCUCCUAGCUGACGUCAUCAUCAACAGAUUAGACGGAUAUGGAUCUCCAAUAAUUCCUUACGAGACAGCUAAAGAAAUUCUGUAUACGUUGCAGCCAAUAAUAAAUGAUCUAAACUAUAUAUCGAUAGAUCAUCUAGUCAGUCAUAUACAUUUAUUUGAUAAUGUGGAACGUAGAUUAAAAGGUUAUUUGCUAGAAGACAAGAUGGAGAAAAUUAAAAAAUGCCUAAGCCUAGUGGGUGACGCUGAUUAUUUAUUAUUAAGCUACUGUCGAGAUUUAGAAAAGGAAAGCGAUCCCGACAAAUUCAACAAAAUAUUCAAUGAUAUGAGAACGGCCAUAUUUGAAAAUCCCUUCGCUCAAAUGGCACCAAACUACCAAGUUUUAAAUAUUCAUAAGGAAAAACUAUAUGGAAUAUUAAAUGAAGAUACACAAAAAAAGAAAGAAAUCCUUACAAAUAUAAUACUACAACUCAAUAAACCUAAGAAAGGCGAUUAUGUCUAUCUCUCUCGUUUAUGUCCAACACUUACAAGUGCAAAAGAGAUAGAAGAUGAGAGAGACACACUGAGCAAGCUUUUCCGUUUGAAAACAGGGAUUCAUGUUGUUAGGUUUGAAGAAAAAGUACUGUCA